UGUCGCGGCCGCCGCACCGUGAGAGAUCGGCGGGAGCUGCUGUGGCCUCCCUUGUCCCUCCCCGCCCCCAUCGAAUCCCACAGCCCGCCGGUUAUCGCGACAGCCCUUCGCCGCAUCGCAAUUAACUCCGGCGGAAAAGCCCCGCUGUGCUUCCGGCACUAUUCGGGGCGUGUCUGGCCGCAGCGCCUCCCGCGUUCUAUGGUCCGCGGCGCUCCCAGGGUCCCCCGCGCCGCGGCCGGUACCCGGGAGGAGUGCGGCGGCGGGCGCUGGCCUGUCCGGGGCCUGUCUUGCCCCGGGGCUGCGCCUGCCCGCGGCCGCUAUGGAGCUGGAGGUGCCUGAGGAGGCGGAGGGCUCGGCCGCGGCGAGUGCCGGUGCCAUCACUCCGGAGGCCGGCGUAGGGGGACCGGACGCGUCAGGAGGUCUGGGCCCAAAGAAGACAGCCAUCACUGAGGGCCCCUCACUGCCAGGACAGCCAGGCCAAGGAAAGAGGAUUGGUCAUCGAAGCGUGGAUGCUUCUGGGGAAACCACCUACAAAAAGACCACUUCAUCCACUCUGAAGGGGGCCAUCCAGCUGGGGAUUGGAUAUACUGUGGGAAAUCUGAGCUCCAAGCCAGAGAGAGAUGUCCUGAUGCAGGACUUCUACGUGGUGGAGAGCAUUUUUUUCCCAAGUGAAGGCAGUAACCUCACCCCAGCUCACCACUACGCCGACUUCAGGUUCAAGACCUAUGCCCCAGUGGCUUUCCGCUACUUCCGAGAGCUCUUUGGGAUUCGUCCAGAUGAUUAUUUGUAUUCGUUAUGUAACGAGCCUCUGAUCGAGCUGUCCAACCCCGGGGCCAGCGGCUCCCUCUUCUAUGUCACCAGCGACGAUGAAUUCAUCAUCAAAACUGUGAUGCACAAGGAAGCUGAAUUCCUGCAGAAGCUCCUUCCUGGAUACUACAUGAAUCUGAACCAGAACCCCCGGACUCUGCUGCCCAAGUUUUAUGGACUGUACUGUGUGCAGUCCGGGGGCAAAAACAUCCGCGUGGUUGUGAUGAACAACAUCCUGCCUCGAGUGGUGAAAAUGCACCUGAAAUUUGACCUCAAAGGUUCAACCUACAAACGCCGGGCAUCCAAGAAGGAAAAAGAAAAGUCCAGCCCUACGUACAAGGAUCUGGACUUCAUCCAAGACAUGCCUGAGGGCCUGAUGCUGGAUGCAGACACCUUCAGUGCUUUGGUGAAGACAUUGCAGCGAGACUGUCUGGUAUUGGAAAGCUUUAAAAUCAUGGACUACAGCCUCCUGCUUGGGGUUCAUAACAUAGACCAGCACGAGCGGGAGCAGCUGUCGGAGGGAGCCCACAGCACGUCAGAUGAGAAGCGUCCCGUGGGGCAGAAGGCCCUAUACUCCACAGCCAUGGAGUCCAUCCAGGGAGGGGCUGCCCGGGGGGAGGCCAUAGACACGGACGACACGAUGGGAGGGAUCCCAGCAGUGAACGGCAAAGGAGAGCGUCUCCUGCUGCACGUGGGAAUCAUAGAUAUCCUGCAGUCAUACAGGUUCAUCAAGAAGUUAGAGCACACCUGGAAGGCCCUUGUCCAUGAUGGGGACACGGUGUCAGUACACAGACCUAGCUUUUAUGCAGAGAGAUUCUUCAAAUUCAUGACUAACACGGUGUUUCGAAAGAAUUCCUCUCUGAAGUCGUCCCCCUCCAAGAAAGGGCGCAGUGCCUUGCUGGCUGUGAAGACAGUGGGUCCCACGGCGGCGUUCUCGGCCAGCCAGCUGGCCUCCGACAAGGACGACACCCAGUACGACCUGCGGGCGGCCAGGAGCUACCCCACGCUGGACGAUGAAGGUGACAGCCCCGCUCAGGGUGCUAAACCUAACCAGGACAGGGAAGAAGCAGGCAGGCCAGACCUGCUCCCUUGUACUCCUCCUUCCUUUGAAGAAGCUACCACGGCCUCCAUAGCCACAACACUAUCGUCAACAUCUCUGUCUGUUCCCGAGCGAUCCCCCUCGGAGACCUCUGAGCAGCCCAGGUACAGGAGGCGUACACACUCCUCAGGGCAGGAUGGCAGGUCACAUGAGGAGGUGCGGGUCCAGGAGGAGGUUCAGCAAAUCAGUGUCGAGCUGGAGCCCAAGUGUGAUGUUGAGAUUGUAGCUCCUGAAGAAGAAGUCAAAGAAGAGGCAGCUUCUUCAGCCUGUGCCAUUGUCACAUCCACAGCCACCAUAGAGGUGGAGACGGCCAGCCAGGCCUCGGAGCCAGCCAGCCAGGCCUCGGAUGAAGACGACGUGCCAGUCACAGACAUUUACUUUGCUGCAUUAGGUGAUGCAGUGGGAGUCUAGUGCUGAGCCAGGGAGUAAGUUGGUGGUUGGCAGCAGAGUGCCGUGGAGCCUGGCGCUGGUCCUCACUCAGCUCCCACAAUGGCUGAGCAACUUCUGCAGACCAGAGAAGAGGUUUUUUAGCGACCUGUACCUGUCCCAUGGAUUCCCAGAGCACAGCUGAGUGCCUGUCCCAUGAGAGCUGAGCUCUCUCUUGUGCCUGGGCACUGGAACCCUCAUUAAAAGAGGUGCCCGGCUCCUCCCUGCUCGGACUUGUUGCUGUUAGUUCUGUGGUGCUGGAGACAACCUGAGCCCAUGCAAUGGGCUCCUUCAGGCUAAACUAAAAUGCAGCAGUGGCCUUUCCCUGGACUCUUGUGACUCUGCUGCAGAGCUGCUCACUCAUUGCCGAGUCACUCUGAGGCUCUUGGGAGCUGUGGAAGGAAUCAGCCCUGUUUUACAGCUUGUUUGGGGUUGGAUGCAUGCUGUUCAAAAUGCAAACAGCUCCUCUAACACUGCCCCCUCCUUGCCUGUGGAUGGCAGCUGUGUGCAGGCAGAUCCUGCCUGCUCCCCUGGCAAGUGUCUUCUAGUGAGGGUCACCUGCUCUUCUUCCCUGUCCCUGGGCAUAUGGACUGCCCCCAGCUUGAGGGGCACCUCUCUUCCAAGAGAAAAUUCUGCAGAAUAUGUUCACAGAGAGUGUGACUGACUGCUCAUCAGCGUUUCAUACUUCAUCUGAGUCCGAGUUUUGCAUUAAAUGUGUGUCGUGUGCUGUGGAGUGUUUAUCACUGCUGGGAUGAAGGGAAAAGCUGAUUUGAGUUCCCAUGGGCACUCUCCUUGGAAAACCACUUGAGCUGGAGCUCAGUAAUCUCUAUGCAGACACAGAAGUCCCAGAGAGCGGCGAUUCCCUCUGCAGGUCGAUGUGUUCCCUUUUCGUUGAUGCAGCCAUUCCAGUGGGAUAGGGAAGAGCUUGCUGACACCAGUAUUGCUGCACUGCAGGAUCCCGGGCACUGCGUUUCAGAAUGGAGCAAAACUAUAACCAUGUAUUUCUACUCACCCCAGAUGUGGGCAGCAAAGAAACCACCCGCUCACCCACAGCUCCCAGCAGAGAAUUCUAGCUGGGUGUAGAGAAUCCUGGGUAGUAACACAGUGUUUUCCAGAUGUGCACUACCAUAGCUACCUAUCCAUGUGUGAUACUGUGAACCUUUUUAAUUUUUUUAAUCAUGUAUUUAUUUCUUUUAUCUUUGCACAGAGACAGCACAAAUGUGCUUUUUUAAACAUUUAGUUUACUGCACUUUUUUUUCUUUUUUCUUUUCUUUUUUCUUUUUUUUUUCUUUUGGUCAUAUAUUUGUGCAUCAAAAAGGAGCAUGAGACUUCACUGAAGAAUGGGUAGGAGCACGUUGCUGGGGAGGGCAGGGAGCAGAGUGGCUUCAUGUGAGGCAGCAGUGUGGUCUCACCAGCUGAGGGAGUCAGGAGGUUUAAGGCUGUCCAGACACUGCCACGGUUUUUCCAAGUGGCCCAAGGCAAAUCACUAAACCACUCUGUGCCUCGGUUUCCCCGUGCUAAUGGGUGCACAGUACCUGCUUCCGUUACAGCACUUAAACCCUGGGAUGAAAGGUGCUAUGAAAAUGAAAUGUAUUAAAGGCCAUGGAAUAGAAUUGCUCCCAUGUUACCAUAGUUCAAAGCAGCCAUGCCAAUUCACUUGGAUCCAAACUCUCUAGUGACUUCUCCUGUCUGUGACACCAUGCGGGACAGCACACAGUUCCUGGUGACAGUGACGUGGACUCCUCAGCUCUCCCCGAAGUCGUGAUGGGUUCCAGCUCCCCCCUGUGCUGCACUGCUGCGCCACCCCUCCCUCUGUGCUUGGAGUCCACACCUCAUCCAAGUGGCCACUGCCUGCUCCAGCCCCGCAGGCACGGACAGAUGGGAACUGGGCACCUCCCGAGCCCAGCCACGUUGGAGGGCAGUUUCCCCACUCUACCCAGCCCACGUGGGACUUGUCCAGACCCUGCAUCCUCACGGAGCCCCUCAGCCCCUCACGUGCUCACGUGGGUGUACCCUGGGGUCACGGACACUGGGUUCACAUGUCCCCUCUGCUCCACAGGGCAGGCAGGGACGGGAGCCUGGCUGUGCCACGGAAUUGUGCCAGCACUGCUGUGCUCACGGACUCUUCAACAGAAAGCUGGGUGACUGGCAUGCUGCCUGGGGUCACGUCUGCUGGUGGAAAUCCCUGCUGUGGUGUCUGAGAGGGUUUGCUUUGCAAGGGCUGUGGGCUAUAGUUGAGAGAAUUUGGUGUCAGAGGUAGUGUUCAGGCUCAUCCAUCAGCAGGACACAUAUAGCAUAGCCUGGAAUACAGCAAUCCUGUCCUCAUCUCCCAGAGAGAAAAGAGGAAGUCCUUUAGACCUGAGGGAGACAGUUCUUUUUUGUGUGCUUUAUGAACCUCGCUUGAGAAAGAGUCUCUUUAUUCCCUUUACAAUCUUCACUGUCCUUGGGAUUCCAGCUAGAGGGGUGGGGAAGCAGGACCCUGCUCUCAGGCCUCAGCCCCCACAAUCUCUUCACAGCAGCGGUCAGGAGUGGUUAUGUUGGGUCCCAGAAGGUAGCUGGGCUGAUGGGAAGCUCUUCCUUCUGUACUGUACUGAACUUAGUGAGAAUCUUCAGGAAUUGAUGUUUUUUUCUUGCCCAGAAUACAGGACCUGGACUUCCCUUCCCUGCCUGUAGAUGCAGAAGGCUGUGAGUUGUGCUUCUUGGAAGCACAGUCGGGGGAUUGUGCAAGUUGCUGCUGUUCAUGUAUCCACGUAUUUACCAAAUAGUCUAUCAAAAGUCUCUCAAGAAA